AUGCAGUAUAUCAUCAUUGGUGGAUUAAUUCUAUUGGCAAAUUUACACUUCAACCAUCACAACGCAAUGGGUGUAGCUAAUCAUCUGGCGGCGCCACAGGAAAACAGGAUCAUCAAGAAAUUUUCCCCCCAUCCGUACUUCGACUUCGACGUGCCACGAAACGUUACCACCCGCGUGGGCCAGACAGCUUUCAUCAACUGUCGGGUCGAGCAGAUGGGAGACAAAUCGGUCUCCUGGAUUCGGAAGCGAGAUCUACACAUCCUGUCAGCGGGAACCGCCGUCUAUACGUCGGAUGAACGAUUUCAGGUGAUAAGGUCGGAAAAGGCCGAAAACUGGACGCUGCAGAUCAAGUUUGCUCAACAGCGAGACUCCGGCAUUUACGAGUGUCAGGUCAACACGGAACCAAAGAUGUCAAUGGCAUUUCGACUGAACGUUGUAGAGGCAAAAGCGGUAAUCCUCGGACCAACGGACUUAUACGUAAAAAUGGGCAGCAUCGUGACGUUAACGUGCAUCAUCAGCCAGGGACCACACGAUCUAGGGACAAUAUAUUGGUAUAGAGGGUCAAGUCUCGUGCAGCCCAUCGAGUUGCAUCCCAGCGAUCCAUCAAUUGCAUAUCCACAUCGAAUAUCGGUCGAGCUGAAGUGGACCGAGGCACUCACAUCACGCCUCAAAAUCCUCGACGCCAAGCUGUCCGACUCGGGCAACUACACGUGUCUGCCGACCUCGGCCGAGGGUAGCAGUGUAAUGGUGCAUGUGAUAAAUGGCGAGCAUCCGGCGGCAAUGCAGCGUGGUUGCGCCACGACCGCUAGCAAGGACGAACGUCAGUCGCGGAUACGCCUGCUAGCGGCCAUGCUGCUCCUGCUCGUCCUCUGGCACGGUGUCACCGUUCGGGCGGCAUCACAAAACAUCUCCACGCUCGAAACCCAGCGAAGGUCAUGGCAAGGCAAUGCGCGCCCACCGCCCGACACCAAAGUGAUAACGUUUCGUCCCGCCGGCACUCUAUCAUCAUCGUCAUCCUCGGCAUCACCGUCAACAUCUUUGGCCACGUACGCGUAAUGUUCGCCCGCAGGAGUCUGUAGGUGAACAGUUGAACACGUUUGAGAUCGGCUUUUCCGGCUACGAGCGAACGCAGCGACGAAUGGUGAUGCUUCUGCAUAAAAAAAGGGGGGGAAAAUGGAAAAUUUAAAGUGCGCCAAAACUUUGUGUAGGCUUAACCGGCAGUGCAGGAAAAGACCGACACGACACACACCGAACACAGUAUACAAGCAUUUGUACGUAUGUAAAGAGAAAACGAAGAGUGAAGAAAGCUAAAACAGGAUGCAACCCGAACGCACUCGUUCACCAUCGGAAGCGGAACUACUUUUGCUGCAACGAGUUCUGGCACACACCGGAUGCUAGUAGUGAACCGUAUGAAAUAUGCACACGAAAAAACCACACAUACUACAAUUGGCGGAAGGUAUGCGCAACGUUUGUGAAUUAUUAUCAGAAAGCUUAGAAUAAAGAACAGUUUAGAACCUGCACCAUCCAGCGAUAAAGUAAUUCCACUCGUUCGAAAACUUCCCUAAGUUUAAGAGUUAGUAAAGACCAGAAUAAAUAAAACACGAACAGACACAUACAUUCCGAUAAGGUCAUCCUCAUACAUCCAUUCAAAGUGGAAAGCUGCUCAUCGAAUCCGUUUGAUCGUUUGAAACUGGAUGGCUUUGAAUAGCGGGAAAAGCGUUGUGAAAUUAAGAGCAAUUUUCGAUUGCACCGGUUGUUGAAGAGAGAGAGAGAAAUUAGUUUAAAUUGUUAGGGCAAGUGUUAAGACGAACGAGUUUAAUUGUUCAACGUGGUAAGCGAGGGUGCUUGUAAUUCAUCUUCAAUAAUAAAUAUGUAGUCAACAAAAUAUAUCCUUUGUUGGGAGUGAAAGAGAUCGUGAACUCCGCACCAGAUCCAUUAUUUAGGAGUACCGUAAAGGAGUUAGACAACCGAUAGUUUCUCACCUUAGGAUCGAUUCACUCGUUUCGAUUUACAUUCUCACCUGCAUAGAACCAAUCCGUCAUCAUUUUAAGCAAAAAUUAAAGGUAAAAAACAAACAAAAAACAUACUGAAGACAGCCAUGACAAAGAUUAAGUAAUUAAACAUCCAUCUUACCGAGUGAAAUUAGUUAAUUUCCAUAUUUCCAAAAACGAGGACAACAAGGAUCCACGUGGUAUAGGACGUGAUUUAAAAUGUAUAAAUGCAAGAAGAAUAAGAUGGCUGGUGAAGAGGAAAACAAAAAAUCAAAUAGCUAAAGAAAAGUAGUUAUUCGUCCCUAAUUUCACUUCACCCAGGGAAUCCUAACCCCCGGUUGGCGUGGUCUGGAAGCUCGGUUCUGAGAAGGAUAGGACUUUAAACCUAUUUAUUUUGAGGAAUAAACUUGAGAUUACUUCGAAUCCGUAUCCGUCGCUGCAGGCGCAAAGGCCGUCUCCCUUUAACUGCAGCAAAAAAAAAGGAAUCCUUCAGACACACAGACACACACAUAAAUCAUCACAAUUCAAACAAGAGAACGUUAUUUGCGACGGUCGUGCAAUCAAGCCGAAGCACCUUGAGGCGAAAACAAAAAAAACACAGUUGGAGAGGAACGAAAAAUC